AUGGCGAUCCAAGCAGCCGCAAUCUUGGGUGAUUCUAAAGCGACACUCAUCCCCAACGUCCUAGAGUCCGGCACCAAGCCUGCAAGCCCGGAAGUCCGAAGACGCAAAUUCGAAACCGCCUAUUUCCCAGAGAUCGUGGCGGCGGCAGACAAAGCCCUUGAGGCCUUUGACCAAGUCCGCCAGGAUGUGGUGCGGCUGCUGCAUCGGCCCUGGGGCAAGCGCGAGGUCAGCUGGACGGACGCCGAGUGGGACAGGCUGGAACGCCAGUCCCAGCGGUACAACACGCAGGCCCUGAUGAUCAGCUGCGGUACCGUCACCAUCGACAAGGCCAGCUCCCGGGACCGCCGCAUCCUUCUCAUCUGGAACAAGCGGAUCGGCGCGUGGCAGCUGCCCAAGGGACGCAGGAACAUCGACGAGGACUUCGCCGUGGCGGCGCUGAGGGAGACGAAAGAAGAAACUGGAGUGGAGGUUCGGCCGCUGUAUUUGAGAUUUGGUACGCGGUUUACUAUUCCUACGAACAGUAGGGGGCUGGAGGAUGGGGAGGUGGCGCAGAGGUUGAGGAAGAGACCUUUUAAGACGGGCGGCGGUGGAGAUGGCGGGUGUGAUAAUGGGAUCAUGGAUGUUCUGAAUAGGGAUAUGUUCUACUCGAGCGAGUAUCCGGAUCCGGCGACGGGGGCUAUGAGGCACAUAUACUGGUACGCAGCUAAACCAGAUCAAAGCACGACUUGCACGCGGGACUUGAUGGGGCAAGAGGAUCUCCUGAAGAUGGAAAUGCGGUGGUUUCCGGCCCCAGAGGCCGUUUACAGACUCAAGAUGUCUGUCGAGAAGGAGGCGGUCGCCUUGGCCGUGUACUACGCCGAGCAGAUGUCGGAAGAAGAAUGGAGAUACUCACAACAACUGUAG